UAUAGUAUAAUAAAAACAAAUUAUAUUUUAUUUAUAUAACACUUGCUGUAAAAAAAUAGCGCUUAGUUAACAUACUACGUAAAGUAAUACAGAUAUUUAUAACCAUAAAACACGAAAUGCCAGUUCCUAUAUUGAGCGCGCUGCGGCGGACGUAUAGGAUUUAGCAGCGCUGCGCCGCAUUAGUCAACCUCAAGUGUCAGCAAAUGAAAGCGCGUGAAAGCAUUUGCAAUUAACCGAUCGUGCGCGCGUUUGAGUGAGGUGAUCAAAGUGUGUGUGUACAAAAAAGUUAUUUGGCUAAGAAUUGGUGCGGCUGAUCGAUCGACUGCGCUGUACACACGUGUUCAACAUAUCCAAUUAGCACAUACGCCUCUUAAUACAGUGAAUAUAAAGAAAAAGUUAUACAACAAAAAGCGAUAACACAAACAGUACCGCCAAAUAUGUGCACUUAAUGAAAGGGUGUACAAAUAAAAAUGACAAAACCAUAAAUACUAAUGCAAUCACCAAACCAUAAAUGUAAACAAAGCCACCAUUUGAAAGCCAAUGCCAUAUGUUUGACAAAUUGAAUGAGACUUUAUAGUAUUUGGACGCUCGAAUUACGGAACCAUCACAACAACUAUGGCUGAUUCGGCAAAAAGUGCCGUUGUUGAGCCUACCCCAAAAUCAAUAUCUCGCAAUAAUUCCGAUUCACAUAUAGCACAUUUAAAUGCACAGAAAAAUCGCUCAAAUCUCUUUCUUAUUAAAUCCUAUAGUUUUAUCGAUAAAUCAUUGAAAAAUCAUGUGUUGCCAAAUAAAUCAAAGGAAGCAAACCAAAUGAAGUCGCAAAAAUUUAAUGCACAAAACUUCAUCUCACCGUUCACCGCCUCCGAAAGGUCACUAGAUAAUGUCAAGCGUGUAAAUAAUAAUAAGAAAAAAGUAAAAGAGAUAAAAACAAAAACAAAAACGAAAACGAACGAGAAUGAUUCGGAUGAGGAGGAUUUACGUGCUUUGUUGCGACAUCCCUCCGUCAUUAUGGAGGGUGUUGCGAGUGAAAUGCAUGCGCGUCCCAAAUCAAUGCCAAAUCCGGUGGCACAAACGGCGAACGUUUGUCAACAGUCAACAGACAACCAGGCGGCGACUUCGACAAUGGCGCCAUUGAAUAAAGCACAAAAUAAAUCCACAAAAAAUACAUUUAAACGCGAAUCCUUUCUACGUCACAGCUUGCAAUCGAUACGUCGUAGCUUUAGCGCGCAUAAAAAAUUCGCCGGUUUCGGGCAUACGGCAACGAAUUCCGGUACAUCGACGACUUCCGGCUGUUCGAAGGGAUCGAAAACAACAUGCACUUCCUCCACAUCAUCAACUAGCUCAACAUCAUCUAAGUUCUCUUCCGCCUCCUCAACAGCAUCGGUGACAUCGGCUGAUGUGAAACAAUCAGGGAAACGGUGUAAUAAUGGUGAAAAAGGCGACGUUACCGUAAUGCUAAAUGGCAAUGCCGUCAACUGGCAGGAGAGGGGGGAUAAUAAUAUGGAUAACUGUGAUAUUAAACAUGUUGUUGGCAAUGAAGGCAAGUCACAAGUGCAUGAAAAGGAUUUGCGUAAAAGCGUCAGUACAUUUGCUGCAACACCCAACGAUUCUACUUCCAUGGCACCAUUGCAAAGUCACGCUGAAACGCAGAGUGUCACAACAUUAAAUUUGCACGAAAAAGAAACUUCGCCAAGCGGCAGUAAUUCUCAGAGCAGAGCGCAGCAGAAGCAAAAGCAAAAGCAGCAACAACAUCAACGGCAGAGCUCCAAUCAAAGUGAUUAUUACACGACAGCCUAUUCGACGACAUCAUCGGACUGUUCAACACAAAAUUUGCGUUACAGUAGUGGCGAAGGAGGAUCCUUAAACCUCUUUGCACCAAGCGAAUCCUCAGCGAGCAUACGCAGCAUUAGUCCAGCGACCCGUAAAAGUGCUAACAACAGCAAUUGGAGCAGCCACAUCACGGCGAAGCAUGAGCAAUCGACAGCAGCAGCAACAGCUGCUGCCGCCGCUACAACAGCGGUGCCUGCCGAAAAGGAGAAGAAACGCAAAGAGGUAUCCAGUUCGCGUGUGAAAAAAUUUCAUCGACACUUUACGCAGGUCUCCAAAGAUGAGAAGUUAAUUAAUUACUUUUCCUGUGCACUUGUUAGUGACAUAUUGUUACAAGGCCACCUUUACAUAACAGAUCAGCAUUUUGCAUUCUAUUCAAAUGUGUUUGGUUAUGUGACCAAGGUUGUUAUACCCACAUCGUCCGUGACGAAGAUCUCUAAAGAGAAGUUGGCUAAAAUCAUACCAAAUGCUGUGGGUGUCGCCACUGCCGACGAACGACACGUCUUCGGUAGUUUUAUGAGUCGUGAGUCAGCCUUCCGUUUGAUGUGUAGCGUUUGCCCGCCACUCGCACCCAUUGAAAAUCUUCCAAAAGCACCCGCAGAUAUUGAAAUUUCCGAAGAAUACUCAAUUGAGGAUGAUAGUAGUUGUUCGAUUAGUGGAAAUGAGAGUCCACCGCAAGCGUUGGUGGCAGCUAUAGCCUCAACCGCCCAAGGCUUAGAUGAGUUGGGCCAAACGCUGAUACAUCGCAAUGUCGCCGGUUCCACUGUCAGCAUUGCCGACGGCACAGCAGCAGCAAGUGAAAACCAUCGAUAUUCCGAUAUUCCAAUAGAUGCCAAACAAGCCGGUGCUUUCGCCAAUACAAAUUUACGCGCAUCAGCACCGCCCACGGCACGCUACAAUACUAAUAGCGGCGGCAAAACUGCCAGCAGUGGUGAUGGACCAAGUGAUGGUAAUGCGCCACCUACAGGUAUUGCAUUGAUUGUGGCCGGCACUAAUACCUCCGCUUCGUCAUCGCCCACACCGUCUACAUCUUCCUCGAUGCCAACUAUAGUGAUGGCCACCAGUGCACCUAAAUCAGCAGCACAUGCUGCUGUAAAAAGCUUUAAGACGCUAACACAAAAAGCGCUGCUACGCUUGAAAUUCCCAACGGAAUUACAUGUGGUCUACUUGGGUGUGCUGCUCACUAUGGUAUUGGCGUUAUUCUCCGUUUUUCUGCUCUAUCGGAUAUUAGAUAUUGAAGCGAAAACGAGCGCAUACCGCACGUCGAACGAAUUCAAUUGGCGCACCGGUACGGAUGAUGAUAUAUUUGCAGAAGCUUUGCGUUGGCAAAAGGAGCUGCAAGCCAAAAGUACUGAAGAAGCUCAGGAUAUACUUACACACAAUUUGGAACAAAUUGCCAAGGUUCGUCGAAGCUUAGAAACACUCUCAAUGCUAAUCCAUGACCGAAGCUCAGCUUAUGAAAAAAGCGAUGGUAGUGACUGAAUUUAUAGUUUUUAAACUUAAUUUAUUUUACAAUAAUUACUAAAAAAAAAGCAGUAAAAGAAAAAUAAAUAAGUUGAAAUAUUAUCACAUACAUAAAUACAUACAUAGUUACACAUUAUAUAAAUUAAGCCGUAAACUACUAUUAUAAUUAAAAUAAUAAUAAUUAAGUUAAUGAAUUUUUGGAAGAAAAAUACUGCUAGCAAAACAAAGAAGAAGAAGAAACAGUUGAAACGCAUGAAGCGCAGCGAGCAAAGCGCAGCAGUAAAUUUGUUUUUAAUGCAGAAAAGAGGAGAAUAUUAUGUGGUUUUAUUCGGAAAAAACAAAAAAAUAAAUAAAGAAAUAAUGAAAUUACAAAUAUAAUAAUAUACAGUGCAGUGUUUUAAAAAAAGGGUGAAAAAAUUUUAAAGUUUUAAAAUAAAUUUAAUGCAAAAAAAUAACGCACGCACACAUUUGUGAAUGUCUGAUUAAAAAAAAAUUCUAUUUCUCUUUUGAAGUGCAUAUUUUGUCGAUUUUGUUGAUUUUUCACUCUUUUAAUAUUUUUCCAAAUAAUUUCUUUGUAUAAUAUAUGGCUGUGUGUGUUCAAGUCAACAUUUUUUUAUGGUUCCUAUUAAUUGUUCAAACAUUAUUGUAUGUAUUUUUGGUAUUGUAGUCACAAUCAUGUGCUAAAGAUAUGUAAGGCAAAAAAAAAAAACUAAUAGAAAGCACAGAGCAGGAAGCGGAAGUGGAGAAGAAGCGAUAUUGUGCUUUUGACAUUUUAUGCAUUUUAAAAUGAAUUUAUGUAUUAUACCUGUGCUUGAUUCGAUUUUUUCUACAUAUACCUACACACAUACGUGUAUGCAUAUUCUUUUUCUCAUUUAUUUAAAGACACUCAAGAAUAGUUGAAAUAUAGUUCAACUAGCUGCUGCAGCGCUGCGCAAUGAAUUGCAAAAAAAAAAAAAAAAAAAUAUUAUUAUUCACUGUCAUGAAAAA